CAAGGCCGAAUCAAAUCACGUUUGCGCCCCGGGACGCCUGGACGUAGAUCCGCAUCCUGUCUUCGCCCUCCAGACUUGCGCGUCCAGUGCGCUAUCGUGGUGUCUUCUCCCGUCACCAUGGCGGGCAAGCCCGAGAAGCUGGACCCCGUAUGGGAUCAUCUCGAUAGGACCAUGGGCCAAUUGUUUAUGAUGGGCUUUGAUGGCACAUCCGUCACCCCACACAUCAAGACACUCAUCGAGGAGCACCAUUUGGGCUCCAUUCUGCUGACUGCCAAAAACUGCAAAUCCGCCGAAGAAACUACAAAACUAUGCUAUGAGCUCCAAAAAAUUGCUCACGAUGCCGGUCAUCCGGUCCCAUUGGCCAUUGGUAUCGACCAGGAGAACGGAGGAGUCAACAGCAUCUUCGACGAAAUCUACGUCCGCCAAUACCCAAGCAGCAUGGGCAUCGCAGCAGCCGGCUCCACAGACCUAGCCUUCGAAGUAGCAAAGGCUACAGCUCAAGAGAUAUCUGCAUGCGGCAUCAAUUGGAUAUUCGGGCCAUGCCUAGAUGUACUAACCAACGCGCGGAAUCAACCGCUGGGGGUAAGAACCGCUGGCGAUGACCCCCAGGAAGUGUCGGCGUACGGCGUCGCUUUCAUGAAGGGUUACCAAGAAGCCGGCAUCGUUACUCUGGGAAAACACUUUCCAUCAUAUGGCAAUUUGGAGUUUCUUGGAUCAACUUUGGACGUCCCCAUCAUCACUGAAUCGUUGGAACAACUAAGCCUGAGCGCUCUAGUACCGUUCCGCAACGCCAUCCAAAAGGGACUCGAUGCCAUGAUGGUAGGUGGCUGUGCCAUGUCAUCAGCAGGCCUCAAUGCUAUGCAUGCUUGCCUGUCGGAUCAAGUGGUCGAUGGGCUGCUCCGUAAAGACUUGAACUUUGAUGGCGUCGUCGUUUCCGAGUGUUUGGAGAUGGAUGCUCUUAGUCACAACAUCGGUGUGGGAGGGGGCACUGUCAUGGCUGUCAAUGCUGGGUGUGACAUUGUACUAUUAUGUCGCUCAUAUUCAUUCCAAAUGGAAGCUCUGAAGGGACUCAAGACGGGCAUCGAAAACGUCAUGAUUUCAAAAGACAGGAUCUAUAACUCGCUGCGGCGGGUACUGAAGAUGAAGUCCAAGUGCACAUCCUGGGAGAAGGCUUUACAUCCCCCCGGAAUUAACUAUCUCGAAACACUACAGCCAUCACACACGGCACUUUCAACGAGAGCAUAUAAUGGCUCCAUAUCGGUAGUGCGCGAUAAAAACCGAUUGCUGCCGCUGAGCAACAUUCUCGAUAACGAGGAAGAAUUGCUACUUCUAACACCUCUGGUCAAACCCCUAGCCGCAUCUGCUGCCUCCAAGAUCCUCUCAGAAUCUGCCAAUACCAACUCGCCCGAGCCUGCCGCUUGGGCACAAAGCUCAUCCGUGAUGAGCGGAGAGCGUGUGUUUAGAGAGUUGGGCAGAUCCAUGGCUAGACAGCGGAAUGGCCGCGUGUUGCACACGUCUUACACGGCGAACGGCGUUCGGCCAGUGCACGAGAAUUUGAUCAGCCGGGCCAGUGCGAUUGUCAUUGUAACGGCGGAUGCGAAUCGAAAUCUCUAUCAGUCCGGAUUCACAAAGCACGUGUCGAUGAUUUGCAAUAUGCAGUACACAAUUGGGGGCGAGAAGCGCGAGAAGCCUUUGAUUGUGGUGGCUGUCAGCUCACCAUACGACUUUGCAAUGGAUUCCUCCAUCGGCACGUACAUCUGCACAUAUGAUUUCACCGAGACGGCCUUGAACUCGCUGGUGAAGGUUCUAUUUGGCGAGUUCACACCCACAGGAUCUUUACCUGGAACCAUCAGCAAGAGUCAGAAGCUGCACCCUUCCAAACAGCACUGGCUCGUAGAAGCCUUCAAUGAGGAUCGAGAUGCGAAUGCACUUGACACGCUGAUCACGGCGGUCAUGGAGGGCACACCACCCAACCAACGAUCUGAACUCUCGAGCGCUACGUCAAACUCAUUCAUACUGCAUCAUCAAGAGGUUGAAGAGUCGCACUUUGUAGUGCGCAACAGCAGCACUCAGGCCCUCUAUGGGUUCUGCUCGACGUACUUUUUCAAAUCAACGGGGACGGGCGUCAUCGGCGCGCUGUUUGUGGAUCCGGCGAGAAGGAAGCUCUCGAUCGGGCACUCGUUACACAACAGAGCUAUCAGAACCCUUUUGCAGAAGGAGGGCAUCCGACGAUUCCAGCUCGGAUCCCGGCUGCCCAGCAUCUUUUUGGGGAUCCCCACAGGGCACAACACGGAGCGCAAGCGGCUGCGGUCUUGGUUUGCUAAUCUGGGGUGGAACGCAGCGCUUUCGCGACCCAUUUGCAACAUGGUGGCCCGCAACCUGCAGACGUGGACGCCGCCGGAGGGCAUGGCGAAGAGUCUUGCUGGGGCAGGUUCGCAGUUUGAUCUCGUGUACGGGUGGGACUUUGCGGGACCGAUCCUCGACCACAUCAAGACGAGCAACCGGCAGGGGCUAGCUGAAGUGUACAAGCUUGCUCUGUCGGACCCUACAGCUUGCGGAAUCAUCCGGGCAAAGCGACCGGAUGACGGAGCUCUCGUGGGCACGGUGGUGCUCUACAACCACCAAUCACGACUCUCGGAGUUUAUCCCUCCGCUGAAGGACCUGAACGAGGCAGCAGGGGGCAUCUCGUCACCGGUGAUUUCACCAGGCGUCGGGGAAUACUCGACGCUGUUGCAAGGACUGGUUCUGCUAGGGAUGCGGCAGAUCAAGGCGCAGAGCUGCAAUGCGUGCCUGCUGGACUACAUGGACGGCGACGGCAACUUUGACGGCUUCUCAGCCAUGGGGUUCGAGGUGCUGCACAACUUUGAGGAAGUGAGCUGCGACGCAGCAACGUGGACCAUGAUCCCGCCGUCGUGA